UCCAGGAGAGAUGGCCUUCUGACCUCCCGAUGAGGAGGAAAGGGGGGCAUGCUCCACAGAAUGAAGGGCACUAGGUGGGGAGGAUUCCGGGCUUUGCAUCCUGUCCCUAUGGCCACCGGGCAGCUCGUUCAUCCGACACUGACAGGCUCUGCUGGGGCUCUGGGGACCCAACAGGAAGCCCCAGGUGGAGGGUGGAGAGGGCGAGGCUUGACACUUCCUCGCUCUGCCUCACUAGAUGUGUACCCACGGUGACGGCACUUGUCAAAUUUCCCCUGAUGUUUCCGGACGGCUGCCAUGACCCAGCUCUGGGGUUUUGGUGACAUGCAGACCAGGGACUCUGGUAGCUAAUGUCAGAAGAAAGCGACUCUCUGAGAACCAGCCCCUCUGCGGCCUCGCUCUCUGAAAAUGAGCUGCCACUGCCUCCACCUGAGCCCCCCAGCUACGUGUGCUCACUGACUGAAGACCUGGUCACCAAAGCCAGGGAAGAGCUGCAGGAGAAGCCGGAGUGGCGGCUCCGAGAUGUGCAGGCCCUUCGAGACAUGGUACGGAAGGAGUACCCCCACCUGAGCACCGCCCUGGACGACGCCUUCCUGCUGCGAUUCCUGCGAGCCCGCAAGUUUGACUAUGACCGAGCCCUGCAGCUGCUGGUCAACUACCACAGCUGCAGGCGAAGCUGGCCCGAGGUCUUCAGUAACCUCAGGCCCUCAGCCCUGAAAGAUGUUCUCAGUUCUGGAUUCCUCACGGUGCUGCCUCACACGGACCCCAGGGGCUGCCAUGUGCUCUGCAUCCGCCCAGACAGAUGGAUACCGAGCAACUAUCCAAUUACCGAGAACAUCCGUGCCAUAUACUUGACAUUAGAAAAACUCAUUCAGUCUGAAGAAACCCAGGUGAAUGGAAUUGUAAUUCUUGCAGACUACAAAGGAGUGAGCUUAUCAAAAGCAUCUCAUUUUGGCCCUUUUAUAGCCAAAAAGGUGAUUGGCAUCCUUCAGGAUGGCUUCCCCAUUCGGAUAAAAGCAGUCCACAUAGUGAAUGAACCUCGGAUAUUUAAAGGCAUUUUUGCCAUCAUAAAACCAUUUCUGAAGGAGAAAAUUGCAAACAGAUUCUUCCUCCAUGGGUCCAACCUGAACUCUCUUCACACAAACCUUCCAAGGAGCAUCCUUCCAAGGGAGUACGGGGGCACAGCUGGAGAGCUGGACACUGCCACCUGGAAUGCCGUGCUGCUGGCCUCUGAGGAUGACUUUGUCAAAGAGUUCUGCCAACCCGUGCCUGCCUGCGAUAGCAUCCUGGGCCAGUCGCUGCUGCCUGAGGGGCUGACCUCAGAUGCACAGUGCGAUGACUCCAUGCGAGCUGCGAAAUCCCAGCUCUACUCCUGUUACUAGCACUGUUCUGAGGGUGCCACCAUGUAUAGUUCUAACAUUCCUUCCUUAGAAAUGCAGAACUUAAGGUGCCAAGACCUCAUCUUGCUACCUGUAAUGAACGAACAGCCUGUAGAGCCAAGGCCAGCCCAUCACAGGACAAACCUUCAGCUCCUUGGAUUAUUCCAGGGAAGACACAGAAAAUGGCCCAGCACACAUCCCAAAUGGUUGGACUCUUGAAUCCUGGAAGCUUUGUUUCUUACACAUCUUGGAAGGCAGUCAGGACCAAAGUCACUCUGAUCCUACUUUCCAGGAGAAAAAAACCUAACUGGUCAGUCAGCACUCCCCUAAAACAAUUUGGCCAAUCCUGAAAGGUGAGACAUGGCAAGUCUCUUUCCCAUGAACCCUGUCGACUGACCUCUGUCACUAAUCAGCAGACUUCAAGUUCGAGGUCCAGGCUCCGAUUGUCAUCACUGGGCCUGGAAAGCACUUUAUUGGAGCUGUGGAAACACCAGGACCCAGGCAGUACUUCAUGAUCACACUUGGAAGCUAGAGGCUUCAAAGCAUCCCUGGGGUUCCUGGGUUGAAUCUUGCAGUAGAAACUUUUCCCAAACCCACAAAGCCUUAGCCCUGGUAUUCCAUGGAAUUGUAUACAUCAGUGUAAAAUACUGGAUUCUAGGCCUGUGAGGCUAAAAGAAUUUGAGAUCAGGAAUCAGGUUUGUGACUGGCCAAGACAUGGGCAUCUGCUUUCUCAUCUGUAAAGUGAGGUUGUUUGGAAUGGUGGCUGAAUGGAUCUGGUAAUAGGUUUAGCUUCUGUUAGGUUUUCUGCCUGGAGAGGUGACCAGCUAGGUACAGGUGGUUGGGUCUUGGUCUUUCAUGGCACUUAUCCAGGCCUUACAUGAGAGCAUCGCCAUUUAGCCCAGGCUUUAAAGAAUGAGCAUGUGCAUUCCUGGGACCUGAUGAUUAACAGCUUUGGUAGUGAUGUGUAACCAUUAAAGAGUUGACUUUGUGAGGCUGGCAGGUGACCCAGGUAGUGUAUGAACUUCCAUCUUGAUUGCCACACUUGGGCUUCUUCUGUUCAUCCCUGGAAACACACGGGCAGGUUAUUUUGAGUUCACCCUGGGGCCCGGCCCUCUCGAACCCACUGGAGUGUUGGCCUGAUGGUGUGGGAAUUCUGUAUCAUGCACUUUGGCACCCCGUCAAGAUUUUAGCCUUAACCCAAGCAUUGAGUGAGGUGGUUCAUCUGCUGGCUCUGAUGUGUUUCCCUCAGUGUUCCCCAUGUGGUAAUGGUGUUAGACAGUGUCAAGUACUCUAUUGUGGGUGUACCUCCUCCGUGCAUUUAGUAGACUAAGCAGGCAGUUAGAUGACUCAGUUAGGCAGUAAAAGUGCUCUGACACUCAAAGUUCAGCCAGUUGUUAACUAAGCUGCUCCUCCUUACACCACUUCCCAGAAUGUCUGCAUAAGCUGUUGGAAAUUACUCACCCCAAUUAUGCUAAUUCUAGGGGAGUUCUUUUCAUCAUAGGUACUAACCCUGGAUUUUCUAGGGUCUGGGCUGAGCUGAAAGUGCCAGACCCCUGCUGACUGCCCCUGGUCCCAUCCACAGCCACCUAUGGCUGACAUUCUGCUCUUUGGUUCCGCUACUGGCAGGUUUUCUACCUUAGAGGGAUGGCUACCCAGAAAAGACCAGUGUGGGACAGUGGGAUGUGGGGAGAGAAAAGACAAAGGGAAGGAUGAAUCCCACCAAGGUCCCUGGGUUUAAAUCCAAUCGUGUAACUAGCGUGUUGUCUAUGUGAUGUAGCACAGGGACAGGGAUAGCCAGGCUUAUCUGGAGAAAUCUCAGAUGAGAUAGGCUAUUGCUCUUUUCCCAUGCCUUGCUGGCUAGACCUAGGAGCUAUUUCAUCCAGCCUCCAAGGAGUCAGCCUGGUCUACCAGCCUCCUGGAUCUGUUCUGCUUUGUGCUGGCUCCUGAGAGAUCAGUCUUAGCCUCUCAGGAGGUUUGAAGCAUGCUGUGAAACCAGGACGUCCCGGUGCAAAGCAAGGUGGCUCCUCUGGUGAGCAGUGGGAUGCAGCCAGCCUCAGUCACUGGGCGCACACAGUGGAGCACUGAGAACCCAGGAGUGUCUGCCUUUAGGGAAAAGUUGUAGUCAUUUCACAAACAGCUGGAAAGGAUCUUUUCCUGAAAUUCAAGGUAUUGGGAAGGGGAACGGGGUAGUGAAUUAGAAGUGGGGUCCAACUCUUAUUUUCCUAUGUGGCCUUGAGUGUGCUGCUUAACACCCAUGAAUCAUGGGACAUAGGGGCUUACAUGCUAAACUCUGAAUCCUCUGUUCCAAAUGUCUCUCUUGCCAUAAGGGACACUGUGUUCUGUGUUUUUAGAGUGGCCCUCCCAAAAAAAUCUAGAUUAUUUAGGAAAUGUAGAUCUGAGUGAAUUGGUGCCUAAAUAUGCUAGUUUAGGAAUAUGAGUUUUCUUCCUCCCAUUCCUAGUCCCCUUCAGACCUCUAGGAAGCUGGGUUUCCUAGAACCUCGUCUAACUUCGUGGCGAGGCAGAUGAAUACACAGCAGCAGCCAGAAGUGCUGACUUCACCAAGUUUCCUACCUGCUCCAAAGGUGGGCUCAGACCACUCACACUUCAUCCCACGUUCCGGAGGACUCACCUAGCCUGGGUUUAUAAGCACUUUAGGUUACAAGAUGGUUUUUUUCCAGAGCUGGGGGGAUUCACAGGGGGCAUUUCCCCUGCAGUCCUGUGACACAGAGCCUUACUACCAAGCAGGCAGUUUCUUACGUGCUGCCUCAUUCUCCGAUCAUUCUUGGGUCUGCUUUUUCAUCUGGACAGCAACCGCUAACGGCUGCUGUGGCAUGUCACAAUACCUCAUCUUAAGCUAUACCCCAGGUUUCCCUUUGAUUUAGAAGAGGAAAACGUUAACUAAAUUGGUAUGUGUGGCCUCGUGAGGCUGGGACACCAAACAUGGGCUGCUCAGGAAAGACGUCUGUCCUGGUAAGGGCUCUACAUUGCCAUCUGUUAACUUUGUGAAUCUAAAUUCCUUUCUCCUCUCCUGAUCCGGAAAUGCAUUGUUGGGAAUGCAAGAAAGAUCAUAAAAUACUUCUUAAUGGGAGCUUCUCCACACGAGGUGAGGUCUGGUAUGGCUUGCGGCUGGAGAUGACCACUGGUUUUCAAUUAGAUGGGGUUUUGUUUUCAGUUUCACUGGCAGCUUGUUCCAUUGGGUAGUGAGUGGCUGUUGCUUUGGGUUCUUGUGGAUACGCCUGGCAUAUCACGUGAGAACCUCACAGGUGAAAUACUGAAAACUCAGUGGCCAGGUCCUCUGCCACCACUCUCUGAUUGGGUGGGAACUGGGCUAAUUUCCUGGCCAGUUUUCCUAGCCUCUGCUCACAUUCCUUACUUCAAACUGAAAUUCAGUUUGGCUUUGAGUGUAGGGACAUGUGCUGGAUUCAUCUACUUCAGUGUUUGUUUUGACCAAAAGUUUAUUUUUCUAGUGCAUUUUUCUAAGUGGUAAAAAUAUGUAAUUUUAGUAUGCAUGACUGGGUCUUCAAUAAAAAUCCCUGUAAGGCUGA